AUGUUGCUUACCAUGCGGAACGCAUGCGUGGAACGUGCUCGUUCAAUGCCAAAUCCUGAACGUAUUGAUCGAGUUAAUGAGACAAUGGAGAACAUUCAAACAGUUGUCCAUGAACGGAAUGAUGCAUAUUACCUACUAGAAACUGGCGUAAGCGCUGAUCUACCAGUGCGCACAGUGACCUCUUUUAUGGGAUUCACAUACAAAAAACAAGCUGAAGAACACUUGGAGCCUCCUGAUGAAAAUAAUCAAGAGGUCGAAGUGCCGUUCCUAGACGGAGAUGCGUAUAUGAUGCAGAAAUUAUGGAAGGAAAAGGAAUUCAUGAAAGAGAGGGAUAGGAAAGACAUUGCUAAUCUCAAGAAAGUAGUGUCAGAGGAGAUGAGACGGUUUAGGAAAGGUGGUCCCAGAGUGUUUAAUCGAUCUGAAUAG